ACAACAAGUCAUAAAUCAAUCUUGAUCCUUGCUAAAUCCCCGAGAACUCGGCGCAAGCGAUUUAUCAGAAGGCAUAGGUCCAGAAAGACCGGAACAUAUCUACAAUCAAUCGUUCUUUCUAGCAGUAAGUAUUCCUCGAAACGAAUCGCAAACGCGACGACUUCCUCGCUGAUGCCAGCUCGUUCGACAUCCGAGUCUGACGAGUUGAUCGAUUUUUUUCACGGCUGGCGAUCAUCCAACAAGUUCGGCGGCUGUCGAGGACGAUGCUCGCUCCACCAGCAGUCCACUAUAUUUAAAUAUAGUCGAAGAUCAUCG